AUGAUGAGGAAUUAUGAGGGUAAGAAAGGAAUGGAUUCUGGCCUGUGUCCCGCAGUCAUGGACAUAAUAGACUUGUCGAAGGCAACGUGCAUGGAAGCUCGUAAAGCCUGUGAUCAUAUCUCUUUAUUGUCUCUUGGUAAAUACAAGACAGUUCCGGCUGUUGUGGAAUCUGUCAUCCGCAUUAACAAGAAGGAUAAAAUUAUACUACAUAUUCAAAACGAGAAGACAUGGAGGAUUGCCUUCUCACUUUGUGGUGUCACAUUGCCCAAAGAUGAGGAGCCCUAUUCAGAUGAAGCAUUUGAACUACUGAGGCGAACCAUAGUUCAUAGAAGGGUGGAGGUUUUAUUGGAGACUAUUGAUGAAGAUGGAUAUUUCGUGGGAAGUUUAUUGGAGUCAAAUACCCACGUGGCCAUACCCCUGCUUGAAGCUGGGCUCGCAAAACUACUUAAAUAUGGUACCCGUUUGCCCAUUAAUCAUCUCACAAAGCUUUUUAGAGUUGAGAAGUCUGCAAAAACGAAGAAACUGAAAAUUUGGGAGAACCAUGUAUAG